GGGGAGGAGUUCCACCAGGUUUCGUUUCUUCUGCGAAAGAAGAGUUCCACCACGUUUCAUUUCUUCCGCGAAGGAGGAGUUCCACCCGGUUUCGUUUCUUCUGCAAAAGAGGAGUUCUCGGAAAGCCUUCGAAUCUGAAGGAGGCUCUUGCAGUGCUUCCAUCUGUCCUGGGGCCACCACCUUCUGAGCUGCUGACAUCCAACAUUCCACCAAGGGACAGCACCCCACUACUUUGCUGAGGUCAUCUCUGGUUUGGCAUUACUCCUUUACGAUGGCAGAAGGAUGUUCCAGACAAUGCGGUGGCAAUGAUGAUUCACUGGAAGAGACUCCCAAGAAGAAGUGCAAGAGAGAGCAGGCUCCUGAGUAUGGGGAGCAAGAGACUGUCAAGAACUGUAAAAGGAUGCAAAGUGAACUAAAGACCAUCCUGGAGAAGUCCUCCCAGAAGCUGUUAGAAUCCCUCCCUAAAUUCAGCCAGCCUGGGGCAAGAGAGGGGAUCCUAUAUCUUGGGAACCGCAUCAAAAGCUUGAAGCCCGACAUUCUGAUGGACCCCAUUUACAUUGGUCUCUUUGGCAGCACCGGGGCAGGGAAAAGCACAUUGCUGAAUGCCAUCAUAGACAAAAAAUACUUCUUGCCGGUGUCAGGGUGCAGUGUCUGCACAUCCUGUGUGGUGCAGGUCAACACAAGCCGCAGUAAACAGCAUGAGGCCAAAAUUCACCUGCUCACAGAUGAGGAGUGGAAGGAUGAGCUGAGGGGUCUGGUGGAACUUGUGGACCCCAGUGAAGACAGCAAGUACAACAGCGAAGGAAGUGAGGCUGCUUUGAAGAUCUCUGCUAUCUACGGCAAAGGAGCUGAAACGAAGAGUUAUGAAGAGCUGUGCAGGAUGAAACCCGUAGUCUCCAUUCAACCUUCAAGAUGUAUCACCUUCAGGGAAACAACAGCAGAAGAACUUUCAGAAAAAAUGAGCCCAUAUAUCCGGAGUCCAACCAGUGCAGAAGGAGAAAUGGAAGAAGAAGAAGACAGAAAAAUGCAGCUCUGGCCCCUAGUCAAAAAUGUGGAAGUGACUCUCCCAUAUUCACAAGUGAUUCCGGAAGGUGUUGUCUUUGUGGAUAUUCCAGGGACAGGUGAUUUCAACAGCAAAAGGGAUGAAAUGUGGAAAGAGAACAUCAACAAGUGCUCCGUUAUUUGGGUGGUCAACUCCAACCAGCGGAUCGUGGGAGGCAAAAUCCAUGAGGUGCUGCUGAAUGAGGGCAUGAAGGCUUUCCAGUGUGGGAUGUGCAGGGACAUCUCCUUGGUGGUCACCAAGUCCGAUAACUUGGAUCUAGAGGAAUACAGACGGGAAAAAAAGAAAAAAACUAUAAGUAAACACGAUGCUAUUCUGGAAAUGAAUGAACAUGUGAAACAGAAGAAGAGCAUAACGAUAAAGAAAUGGCUCGAGGAAAAGCUCCCAAAUGACUUGGAGGUGGUGCACAAGGCUGACCUCGUGUACACGGUCAGCGCCCGCGAGUACUGGCAGGGGGAGACGCUCAGCCAGGAGGAAACAGAGAUCCCAAAGCUGAGGGAUUACAUCCGCAAGUUUUAUGUUGAGCAGAAGAAGAAGGUGCUAGUGGAUCACACCGUGGAGGCUAUCACCAUUUUCUCUCUCAUCUGUAGCCUCCAGGCCAACAAACAUGCUCAGUAUCAGCUUGCAAAAAGAAAUCACUUGAGAGAUGUCAUUGUGCAGAAGAUCGCUGACUUGGGGAAAGAUAUUAAGGAAUGCUUUCUGCCCAUCGAGCAGCUACUCGGGGAAGGUGUAGAGGAAGCAAAGAAGUCAUAUGAGACAGCUCUCCGCAGUAUCCUCAAUCGCAACCAUGGGUACCAAGGCUACCACCGGACCUUGAGAGCUGUGUGCCUGAAGAAGGGAGUCUAUGCCUCCCGCACCUUCUACCGGAUAGACAUCAACAGCUCCUUGGCACAGCCCAUCUAUGAAAAGAUCGACAAGAGUUUUGGGAAUGUGUUUGGGAUCCAGAUGGGCACCUGCUCCACACUGAAAGCCUGCCUUAAUGCUUUCAAAGAGGCCGUGCAGCAGAAACUACAGGAUGCCCAGAUCAAACUGAUGGCUGACAACGAGCACAAGCUGGCAUUCCUCAAGCAGGAGACAGACUUCAUCGUCAGUGAGGCUGAGAAACUCAUCCUCCAGAGGAAAGCAAGUAUCUACCAGUCCCUUGUAGUAUCCAUUCAGAAUGACCUGCUGGUCUACUAUGAAGAGGCUGCUGCAGUGAGAGGACUACAAGCCUACCAGAAGAUGCAAAAUAUCCUUAGCAAAGGUGUCACAAGAGCAGAGGAAAGUGGGAUGUUCAGGAGAGCUGAGAACAGCAUGAGAGAGCACCUGCAGGAGAUGAAGGAGCAGAUCACCAGGAAGCUGGAGGAGGACUUCUCCAACAUGCUCAGCCUCGCCUUUUGCCCCUGGGACCAACUGGAUGGCAAGCUGCCAGACUUGCAUAAUGAAUACCUGCACAUCAGCUUCAUUCAUAAGACCCUGCAAUCAGCCAAAGCCUCUUAGAGAGCUGCAGGAAUUGCCUCUGAUGGUGUGUUUUUAUUAUUCCUGUUGGUGGCUUGCUCUCUUUAUCCUGAGACUUCAUAGGAAAUCAUCUCCAAUGCUUUUUUGUUUCCUCUUGCAAGGAAUUCUGAGAUAUUUUGUAUGCAUUUUAUAGUACUGCCAAAGUAAGAGUCCUGGGCAACGUUCAGUGUCCCUUCCCUGCACGCCUACAUGCCAAACAUAUCCUGAUUUCACCAGCCAGGCUUCUAUCAUUCUUGAUGCUUCAGAUUUUUCUAAUAAAA